GCGCGAAGUAAUUUCAGACAUGGCUGCGGAGUCACUUGGCGGAAUGCUUUUUGGCUACAAAUCUACCGCUAAAAUACGACCAGAUAACAACGAUGUAGUGUGGGUGAACAAAAGACACGAUCCCCAGGAUCUCAGAAGUAAUGCGCCGGUACAGAGGUCUAAAUUUAUCUGCGAUCCACCAGUCGCCACCACCGUCCCUGAACACUGGGCACGCGAAACACAACCUUCUUUGAAAACAUUUUCACGACAUUUGGAAGAGGAAAAGUGGUACCCUUCUUCUCAAGCAACAAGAUGCGAGGAGUGGUCGACUCUCAGGCAGAUGCUUCCCUCUAAAGGUUUUCCAAGCAGAAGUAUUUACCCGAGAUGGGGAACAGGCAUGGCGCUUCCGCCGCCAUUUCAUCCCAAAAGUCAAAAGCAUUUCCCUCACAUCAACAGUCCCAUGACCAGGUAAGUUCUAUUUUCUGACUUUUUAGCCCUUAAGUAUUGCCUUAGUUUAACUUGUUAACACAUUAUUUGAGUGGAAGUCCUGCUAAUUAGCGGAUAUGGACGCGCCUUGGCAAGGUUGUUUAACCUAUGAACAAUGUUUUGUUUACUUUACCGUUGUUUUAUUGCAUUAUCAGUAAAAACGGUCGUCUAGUAAAAGCACACACGGUUUAGUUAAGACCAGAUAUAAGACCUAUUUUUCCGAAUUUGCUAAGUUAUAGAUUUGUUACAAUAAAGGCCUUGUUUAUGCAUUUAAUUUACCCAGUUUCCAAGUACGGGCAAGUAGCAGGGGGAGUGGGGUAAGGUAGCGUCAUUAUUCAGGAUCUCUUUGGCCAGCGGGAGCAGACGCCUUUCCCACGCCAUGAAAAGAGCAUCUGAGAAGCAAUCUCCCUGAUGUCAUUCUCUUUUUAAAACUGAUAAUAAUUCGGGCUCCCAUUUUUGUGAAGCUAAAGCCUGGUUCUCAUAUGCCGGCAAUUUAUCUGCAACAUAACCGCCGGUACUGCCUGGGACACUUCUCGGACAAAUGAGAAAAUGUGUCACCGGCAACUGAAGCCAUCGCAGAGCUCUACCGCCGGCUUGCCUGCAUAGUUGAACUUGAGUCAACUUCGCAGGCAUGCCGGGGCCAGGGGGGUAAAGACUGGGAUGAGCAAUGUUGCCGGCCACUUCUGUUCACAUAUCUGAACAGUAUCCCAGGCAUGACUGACGGCCACGUCGCAGGUGCAGCGGCUGGCAAACAUUUCACUGCAAAAACAGCUGACAUCUAAGGUAAGUCUACAACACACUCCUAGGUGUGAACAAUCCAAUGAAAGUAAUAAAUAAAUCAGUUUCAAACACAUAAGUUGCGAAACGUAUGUAUUCAGCAAGUUACAUGAUGUUUUUUUCACUUCUUUUUGGUGGAGCAAGAAAGAAAGAACAAGAAAGUGACAGAGAUUUAUCAGCAAUGGUUAAGUCCAUUGACAUUUUGAAACGCUGAAAAUCAUUAGAAAUGCAGAAGCUGGAACAGCUGCAGCACAUGCCAUUUCCAAUAUACACAGACAGCAAACUCAACACAGACAAACAGAAGUUAAACUUGUUUAAUGUCUUCUACUUUCAACUCAGAAAUAAUUAUUAUUCCCAAAUAGUCAUGGGUACUGAAGCAAAUCUCUCCCAUGCGAUUAUAAUACAGUAGAACUCUGUUAAUACAGUCACCAAUGUUGGCUGUAUUAACUGGGUGGCCGUAUUAACCAGGGUUUUUUACAAGAAAAUGUAUGGCGGUUUUGCCAGGUGGCAAAAAAAAAACUAUCCUAAUAAUGAGGUGGCCGUAAGGCAGGGUUUCAAUGUAUUAUUGUUUUGCACAAGCCCAUAUUGCAUGCCAUUGCUGGCUCAGUAUUAUGCAAUAUUUGAAUUAAACUUAAAAAUACUUUUUUUUCUUCCAGAUAUGUGGAUGAUAUGCAUCUUACAAACAGGUUGUUUAAGCUGCACUGAGUUUUAGUUUGACAACUAACAUCAAGAUCUGUCAGAAGACCCUGGAAAUGCUCAAGCAGACAUUCUCAAAGACAGGACUAGCUUUUUAUAGUUCCCUUCUGAAAUCUCUAGUUUCUAGAUUCUUACCAUGCCACAAUUUAUAGAGGAUUAACUUUAUAAAUAAUAACAGUAAAUUUUCAAUAACAGUUCAGCAGAAUGUUUCUAGUAUUUAUAUACUAUUUUUUCUAUUCAAGAAAGUGUAAAUAAAAGAAUGAAGCAUAAGGUUUUUUGUGGCAACCUCUUUACUGUCUAUUUACACCUAAGCCUCCAAAAGGCUAAAAAAGAGGCCCUCUUGGGGGGGG